AUGAACCAUGAAAAGGAAAAAAUGAUCAAGCUUCACUUCUACUUCCACAAACAACUAGACGGCAAAAGCCUAACUGGAGCAAGGGUGGCCACAGCCAACACGACGGAGGGAUCGCCGACCACGUUCGGCGUAUUUGACGUGACUGAUGAUCCUGUGACAGCUGAGCCCAAAGCUCUUCCCAAGCUGCAGGUUGGUCGAGCCUAUGGUUUGCACUCUGCGACCUCCCUUGAAGAGGGGAACCGUGAGCCUAUCUUGUGCCAUUAA